GAGGAGAAGGGGGGAAGGAGUCGCUGGCGGCGGCUCCCUCCUCGCUCACGGCCGGCGCCCAGCAGCAAGCACCAUGUUCCCCGCGGCGCCCCGCGGCGCCCCACUUCUCCGGCGCCCCCUCCUGCAGCUCCUGCUGCUCCUGGUGCAGGCCGUGGGGAGGGGGCUGGGCCGCGCCAGCCCGGCCGGGGGCCCCCUGGAAGAUGUGGUCAUCGAAAGGUACCACAUCCCCAGGGCCUGUCCGCGGGAGGUGCAGAUGGGGGAUUUUGUGCGCUACCACUACAAUGGCACUUUUGAGGACGGCAAGAAGUUUGACUCCAGCUAUGACCGCAGCACCUUGGUGGCCAUCGUAGUGGGGGUGGGGCGCCUCAUCACCGGCAUGGACCGUGGCCUCAUGGGCAUGUGUGUCAACGAGCGCAGGCGCCUCAUCGUGCCCCCCCACCUGGGCUACGGCAGCAUUGGCGUGGCGGGGCUCAUCCCCCCCGAUGCUACCCUCUACUUCGACGUGGUCCUGCUGGACGUAUGGAACAAGGCGGACAGCGUGCAGGUGAGCACGCUGCAGCGCCCGCCCCAGUGCGCCCGCAUGGUCCAGGACACGGACUUUGUCCGCUACCACUACAACGGCACACUGCUGGACGGCACCGCCUUCGACUCAAGCUACAGCAGAGGGGGCACCUAUGACACCUACAUCGGUUCCGGCUGGCUCAUCAAAGGCAUGGAUCAGGGGCUGCUGGGCAUGUGCCCGGGAGAGUGGAGGAAGAUCAUCAUCCCUCCGUUCCUGGCCUACGGCGAGAAAGGCUACGGGACUGUGAUCCCCCCACAGGCCUCCCUGGUCUUCCAUGUCCUGCUGAUCGACGUGCACAAUCCGAAGGACACAGUCCAGCUGGAGACGCUGGAGCUGCCACCCGGCUGUGCCCGGAGGGCCGUGGCUGGGGACUUCAUGCGCUAUCACUACAAUGGCUCACUCAUGGACGGCACCGUCUUUGACUCCAGCUACUCCCGCAACCACACCUACAACACCUACGUGGGACAGGGCUACAUCAUCCCUGGCAUGGACCAGGGGCUGCAGGGUGCAUGCAUGGGGGAGCGCCGGAGAAUCACCAUCCCUCCACACCUCGCCUACGGGGAGAACGGGACAGGAGACAAGAUCCCCGGCUCAGCUGUGCUGAUCUUCGACGUCCACGUUAUCGACUUUCACAACCCUGUGGAUCCUGUGGAGGUCAAGACUCUGACCCGAGCCCCUGAAAGCUGCAAUGAGACGGCAGGGGCUGGGGACUUUGUCCGCUACCACUACAACUGUUCUCUCCUGGACGGCACUCGGCUCUUCUCCUCCCACGACUACGAGGCCCCCCAGGAGGCGACUCUGGGGGCUAACAAAGUGAUCGAAGGCUUGGACACCGGCCUGCAGGGCAUGUGUGUGGGAGAGAGGCGGCAGCUCAUAGUCCCCCCACAUCUGGCCCACGGGGAGAGCGGAGCGCGGGGUGUCCCGGGCAGCGCUGUGCUGCUGUUUGAGGUCGAGCUGGUAUCCCGGGAGGAUGGGCUUCCACCUGGCUACCUCUUUGUAUGGCACGAAGACCCUCCUGGCAACCUGUUUGAAGGCCUGGACCUCAACAAGGAUGGCGAGGUCCCCCUGGAAGAGUUCUCCACCUUCAUCAAGGCUCAAGUCAGCGAGGGCAAAGGACGCCUGAUGCCCGGGCGGGACCCCGAGAAAACCAUCAGUGACAUGUUCCAGAACCAGGACCGCAACCAGGAUGGCAAGAUCACGGCUGAGGAGCUGAAGCUGAAGUCCGACGAGGACCAGGAGCGGGUCCACGAGGAGCUCUGAAGGCCGGGGCGCUGCUCCCAAGGCCACACGGCCCACUGCUGCAGGCUGCUGGGCUGUGGGACUGACCUUUCAACACCUGCCCGCCCCUCUACGGGGUGCCUCUGUGUGCGGGGUACCCCCUGAGAUGGUGGGCCUGCUGCUCUCCGGUGAUCCCUCUUGGGCAAACAGCAGCCUAGAUGGUGGCAUCUGGUGGGUUUUCCCUUCCAAGCCUGAACCCCUUUCUUGAAAGUUCUAACAUAACCAAGGAUGUGGGGACUAGGUAGGUGGAGCGGGGCCCUGCCACCCCUGGAUCUGCCAGACACUGAACAGGGCCAGCCCUGGAUUUCCCCAAACUUCCUCUAUUGGUGCUUCCCCUCCCCACCCCCAACCCUGUGGCCAGCAGUACCUGUCAGGGCAGCUCCCCCAGAGCCACAGCAGGCUAGCAGUACCCUCCCCCACCCCCCGCCCCUCACCACCCCAUCGCCUUCCUCCCUCAGCUCUGGCUGUCUUCUUGGGAAGGGGGGGGUGUUCCAGGAAGGCUGCCCUACCUCACCUGUCCUGUCCCCUUUGCCUGUUCUACAUUCGCCACCACACAGGUGAUCUCUGGGUCCCAGGGGCCUGGGUUUGUGACCCCUCUCAGCCUCGGAGAAGGUUACUGUCUCUUGAGGGCUGGGGCGGAAAGAAGGGGGGUCUCAGGGCUGUGGAGUCCUGGUUUCAGGGCAGAGAUGAUGUGGAGGGGGCUCCCUGGGACCCAAGGGGGCCACGGAGAUGGGCCAGCACCACACUCAGAGCUCAAACUGGUGCCACAAGCUCCCUUUUCCUUGUGUUGAAUAAAAAAAUGAAACUAGAGAGGUCUAGGCAUGGUCUUUCAGAGUGUGUGUGUGUGUGUGUGUGUGUGUGUGUGUGCAGGGGUGGCUCAGAACUGGAGACAGGAGGAAACAUUGGGGGAAGAAGCAAAAUGGGUUGUCCAGGGCUGCCGGCUGAGGACACUGGUUCCCUAGGUCUCAGCUGCUUCCUCUGUCCUGGGGCCCGCAGGGAGUGGGGUAGGGGGUGUGGGGCCUUGCCACUGGAAAGGGAACAGUGUGCCGGGAGAGAGGACCCUAUAUUCUGCUCUCCCUGCAGAAGAGACACAGGAACCCCACCCCCAAGGAAAUGAGGGAUGAGAUUAAAGGUGCAGCUUGGCGCCCCUUCCCCACACCCCCUCACCCCUGCAGCUGCAGGAGGGAGGAAGCCAGAGUGUGAGCAAGGGAGUUUUGGGGGCCUCAGUGUUGUCCUGAUGAAGGAUCAAGCACAAUCCAGG